CAGAGUCCAUCACACCCACAGCCAGCAGCAGCUCAACAUUCACAGGGUGACAUUCUGCUUUAUAGAACAGCAACAAAAAAAAAAAGGUUGUACUGCAGAGACCUCUUUUUCUGAUGUCAAUUUUGUAGCCUUUUUUCUGAGUUUGUGUGUUUUGAGAUAUAUUGUUUUGUCAGAGGCCUGACACUUGAAUAAUUUCCAUUUCAAGUGGAUGGAGUCGAAUAUUUAGGGUAUUACUUGCCCUUGACAGAGGAAUACUUUUUAACCUUUACCUCAGUUUGAAGACUCCUUUAACUAAGCUUUUUACUUUUAACACGUGGAUAUUCAAGGAUGCAUUUUGUGAUGGCUGUGAGUCCUUUUGUGUUCGUGACUCUAUUUUUGGCACUGGUCGAAACCAAGUUCUACAGACCACUCCAGUUUAACCAGUAUAAAUCUGGGUACAGUCAACACCAUGACCAAGGGAAACCCACCAGUAGACACAAGAACCACUGUGCCUAUGUGGUUGAAAAGACAGUGUCCUUCACCCUGCAGGAUGGGGCAGCCCCAUAUGUCAAAGCUGAGUACAACAAGUGUUCCUGGGGUCAAAAAUGUCCAACUCUUCAGUAUCGUCUGAUGUACAAACCAAUCUACAAGGUGGCACAUAAAACCGUCACAGAGCUGGAAUGGCGUUGUUGCCCCGGGUAUUCUGGUUAUGGCUGUAUGGAGGGACAUCCAGUUUACCAACACCCUAUGAAAAUGAUGCCACCAUUCAAGGGCCCACCAAUGAAAGGCCUACAAUUAAAGGGGCCACAGUUCAAGGGUCCACAGUACAAAGGUCCCAUGUUCAAGGGUCCCAUGUUCAAGGGUCCACUUAUUAACACUGUUGUGAAGGCCAAUCCAUGGAGUCAACCCAAAGGACCUUCCACCGGCAGUUUUAACUCUUACCCAAUGGGCCACUUUGGGCCUCCGAGGACCUCCUCCUACCCAGACACCUCCUUCGAGCCUUAUCCGUCUGAGCCAGAGCCAGAGCCAAUGCCAGAGCACCAGGAACCACAUCACACAGAGCACCAGGAACCACAUCAAACCGAACACCAGGAACCACAUCACACAGAACACCAGGAACCACAUCACACAGAGCACCAGGAACCACAUCACACAGAGCAUGACCAAGAACAUGAGCAUGAGCAUAGCCAAGGACCUGAGGAACAUAUACCAGAGGGAAUCCAUCAUCCUCCCUCUGGUGGUGACCAGCCCCAGGGUGAGACCAUAGGCCCAGCUCUAGACAGCGAGACAGAGGAGCGAAUAUAUCGAAUGGAGGAGGAUGUGCGACGUCUAAACCAGGGUCUGGAGAUCCUGAGGGGAACUGUGAAUGGACUGGAAGAUAGUCUACGAGCCUCACUGAGAGAGGACGCCAACAGGAUGCUGUCAGCUCUGCUCUCUGCUGCCCCUGGUCCUGUUCCUGCUCCAAUUGUAGCCUCUGGUCCAUCCACUGUAGGGUUUGUAGAGAUUCCUGGGGGAGACCUUGAGACAGAGGGUCUAGAUGGCAGACACGUGUUUCCAGGCCUUACAGAACUGAAUGGAAGGGUCGAGGAGCUCAGGACAGAGCUGCAAGCCAAGACAGCAGAGCUACAGGAACUCAAAGCAACAGUGACGGGACAUGAUGAAGCACUGAAAAAGACGUUGAAUAGAUCAGGGGUGGUAUCAGACUCCAAUGGCAAUCUUGGGGAAAAUGCCCAGAAAGCUAUGGAGAACUUGAUGGAUGCCAAGCUGAGUGCAGCCAGGACAGAAAUUCUUGGUGGGUUCGAGGAAAGUGUAGAGAGUGCAGAGGGCCGAUGUGAGGAGAAAGCUGGGCAUUUGGGUCGUCAGUGUCAGAGGGAGCAAAGUGAGAGGCAGGAGCAGAUGGAGGAUGCUCUCGAGGUAAGUAACACACACUUAAGAACAGAGCUGAGAAACCUCCAGGCACAGAUCCAUGGUUUAAAGGCUACAGAGAGCUGCUCUGGUAGACUGGUUGAAAGGGUGCACAUGCUGGAAACAUCAGUGGCAAGCCUCAACCAGUCCCAGGGGCACCUGAGAGUGGAGCUGGGUGGACACAAGGACCACAUAGAGGGAAUGCUGGAGGGGCGUCUGGGGUAUGUAGAGGCCAAGCUUAACCUGACUGGGCAGAUUAAAAGCGAUGACUCUGGGAGAAGGAGGGGUGUCACAGACUCAACUGAGACAGAACAGGGCAUGGAGGCCAGAAUGGAGGGUAAAAUGAGGGCUCUGGAAGGCCGUUUACUGACGGCUUUAGAGGAGCUGGGUAAUGUCACAGCCCCUGCACUGCUGGAGGGUCAUGCUGUUCCCACUCUGGAGACAGAGCUGGAAUCCCUCCGAGGGAGACUAGAAGUGGAUGUGGACAGAGUGCAGAAGCACCUGAGCAACCUUGAGAUUCUCUGCUCCUCUUCCUGUUCCUCACCUCAAAACCCAUCUGCUAUCCUGGGAGACUCUGCUGUGCCAAGUGCUAACCUGGCAGAGGAGCAGAAUGUGAAGGAGGCACUAAACAUGCAAAGUGACCAAUUAAAUAGCCUCAACGUAACACUGCAGAACAUUCUGAGGCGUCUGACCCUCAGGGACCAGCAGAAACAAGCAGAGGGAGAUUAUCCCAUCCAGGGAGAGCUCACAAUCCUCAAGUUCAAUGUUCGCUCAGUCAACCACACCCUCCAAGGCCUCCAGGAUUCUCUGGGGACAAUGGUCCACCAGGUGGGUCAAGCCAACAGCUCCUGGCAUGAAAGAGAGGCUCGUCUGGCCCAGCAGAUAAAGGGUGUGGUGCAGCUGGUUGGGCAUCAGGCUUCCAUGCUCGGGGCAGGUGAGCGCAGACUGAUCCGAGUUAAAGGUGAGCUGCAGGAGAUGAAGAGACGGCUAGCCGAGGAGGUCCGGGGCUGCCGGAGCACAGCUAUGGGGGUCCAGAAAGAGGUAACUGAGGUUGGAGGGCGUGUUGCCAGCGUGGAGGACCAGUGUAAGGGCCUGAAUAACUUGGCAGAGGACCUGGAGAAAAUCAGGGAGGAGCUGGAGAGACAAUCAAAUGGGUUUCUCGUGCAAGUCAAUGGGACUCUCUCCAGCCAUGCUCAGCAGCUGUCUGAGCUGAGAGGCGGACUCAGAAACUGCACUUCCCAGGUAGAGCCAACACAACAGAGUUUAGAGCUGGAGCCACAGCUGAGACGAGGGGACACCUUCACUUUGAAUUAGUUUAGUUCAUAUGGACAAUACUUUCAAAAAAAUGAAUGAAAGAGGGGAAAUACUCUGCAGGUUUAGUAGGGGUCCACUAAAACCCCAUCUUAUUAUUUGAA